UCAACAUAGUAUCAUGGAAACUGUAGUACACAAUGUUAAAAUAAUUAGGUGACAUUUUAUCUAUGUCAGUAUAACUUUCAUCAUUAUGAUUUCAUGGUUUUCAUAUCUUAUUACUCUUUAAACAUUUAAAUACUUGGCGUUUAAUUAUCUUCCAUGUAGAAAAUUCGAGAAAAUAUAAGAUAAGCAAAACGAUAUCCGAGUAGCCAUUAAACUCUAUCAGGGGCGGAUUCCGAAACAAAAGAAAAGAGACGACGAAUAGGAAUAUACCUGAACGAAAAAGGAGAAACUGUAAACUGCAAAGCAACAAACAUUAUAACACACAUACAACAGCAUACAGUUACAAGCUACAGCAUAUCAUAAUGAUAGGUAUAUUGUACUGUCUUGGGAUGGUUCUAAUUGUUACAGUUUAUGGACAGAUUCCUCCCGGAGAUCCAACCAUAAUUGGGCCAUCUGAAAUUUUGCUGAACGAUAACGUUACACUAACAUGUUCCUCAGCUGGCGGUGACCCAUUGCCAACAUUGACAUGGCUGAGAGGUGAUGUAAGAGUAACUACAACCCAAACGACAGUAAAUGGUAUCACUUCAUCAACGCUAAAUUUUAUUGCAUCAAGAGAGUAUCAUCUACAAGUUUUUGAAUGCCAGGUGGAUAAUAAAGUUCUACAAAAUUAUCUCGUUAGGACAUUUUCUGUGGAACUUCUAAUUACGCCCGAUCCUCCAGUAAUAAAUGGACCAUCAUUCCUUAUAUCAGGACAAUCUGGUACUUGGACUUGUACUUCUAUAAAUGGAUACCAUGCACCUAGUAUUUCAAUGGAAAUAGAAAGCAAACAUUUUGACGAUAUAACUGUGGUUUCAAAAUAUGACACCUCGUCAAAAGCAUAUAUAGUGACUGGUUCCGUAAAUUGGGCUCCUACUACUGCCAAUGAUGGUCAGACGAUAUUAUGCGAAGUAAGACAUCAGACUUUGACAUCACCACAAACAGUCGGUUUAUCAAUAGCUGUAAAUGCUUCAGACACUUUCCCAACACACAUUCCACUAUUUUCAACAGAAAUUACAUGGGGAGAAAUCGUUGCAAUUGUUCUUGGAAUAUUUUUCUUUUUGUUACUCUUUGUAGUUUGCGGAUUAUUACAAGGUUGUUGUGUAUGCUGUUGUGGAUCUAGUGCUGGAAUAUAUAAAGAAAAACGUGAGGCAAAACUUACGUAUCAAGUUGCCAUUAUAGAGAGAGAACGAAAAGACUAUGAAAUUACAAAAUAUGAAAUAGUAGAACCUGAAAAACACCAAGUUAUGGAACAUGACAAUUUAACUAAUAAAAGAACAUCUAUUUCAACGACAUCAACAACUCUAUCAAAACCACCUUUCCCCCGUCCAUAUCAUAUACCGGGUAGACAAUAUACAUAUGAGGAAGAAGAACGUAGGCGUCAGAUGUGGAAGAAAAAUAAAAGAACUCGACACCACAGUGAUGUACAGAUGGAAGAUCAAAUUGUUCUCCAAGAGAGAAUAGUUAGCAGUAGUCUGUCUAAUGAAUAGCAAUAGACAAACGCAUGUGUGCAUACAAUCUGUAAAAAUGUUAUUUUUGUGUGAAGAGGGAUAACUGCAUUUUUACUAUUUCCGAAAGGAUUUAGACAAAUAACAAAGUUGAAAUAAAAAUUAAUGCAAAUUUUUAACAGCAUUGUAGGUUAAAAUAAAGUCAAAAUUAUCUAUUGCAGUUCUUACUUUGCAAUGGUAAAUGAUUUAAUAUUCCAAAAUAACAUAAAUAUAUAAAUGCUUUGCAAAUGUAUAGUUAGAGUCAUUCAUAUUUACAUUAAGGCUCAUGUUUAAAAAGCAUUUCACGUUUUCAUUUCUUCAUUUACAUAAAUAUAUAACUGAAUAACCUUUUAAUAUAUUAAAUAUUAUCAUAUAGUUUAAUUUUGGAUGUGACGCGUAUUCUGAUUGGCUGACGGUGUUUUGUUUAUCAGCUCAUAGACAUAAUUUUGUCAUGUGACCGUGACGUCGUCAACGUUUUUUCAUGAUUUACUCCGGUUUAAAAUGGAAUUU